UCUUUCGUUCUUUCGUUCCUUCAUUCGUUCCUUUGGUGGGUCUCUCUCGUUGCUUCGCUGUUCGUUCGGUCGUUCUUUCGUUCCUUCGUUCAUUCAGUGGGUCUGUUUCUGUUGGUCGGUCUCUCGGUGGGUCGGACGAACGAACGGUCGGCGGGUCGUUCUCUCGUCUCCUCCUGCUUCCACUACAAGACUCACUCACGUAUCUACAUGAUCAAAAUGCGAGACUUGCUUUUCAGUCACUCUUCUUGUUGCUGUGUUCUUCUCAUUCUCUCUCCCUUCUUGCCUUGAAAAUUCGGUACUAUGAUCGACCCGUGAGCAUGAUGAUGAUGUCUGACAAAAUAGGCUUCACAUAGUCGCCUUCGUGUUAGUGUCGUGUUCUGUGUUCUCAAUUGUCGUCCUUAGAAAAAAAUGCAAGAGUGGUGGUGAUGAUAUCAUUCACAAAUAACCCAUCAUCUUCAUCCACAUCAUCAACUGUGGCAACAUCAACCACUACGUCAAUAAACAACAUAUCCCAAUUCAAAGAAACCAUAUCAACCACAUCAAUGACAACUAUUGUGAUCAUUUACCAACCCAUGUGAGAAUCAGAGCAAAACAUUUGCAAGGCAAACCCAGAUCCAAUACAUGCUUCGACAGAGAAAUUAAUUGCUGGAGUAAUCUGGAGAAAAUCCUCAAUAAUCGGACAACAGACUUCCUACCAAUUACAAUAAACCAUCAUGGGCAAUAAGAAAGCUUCUUCCAAUAAGAGCAGUCGAUCUGCUCGUUCCACCGCCGUAGUCAAUGCCUUACCAUCGGCGGAGAGUGAUGAACACAAAGACGAGAAUGCCGUGAACCGAGAGAUUGCCGCUUUACUCUUGAAUCUCCAUGCUUCCCGAGAAAAGGGGGUCGACAAUUAUGCCUCUGUCAAAGAGACCUCGCCUCAAAGUGGGGACGAUAUAGCAAUCGAUCUGUCUAAAAGCAAUCAAUCCAAAUCUCAAUGCUCAAGUUUUGUCUCGACCGAGGAUCGCGUGGUUGGCCGAUGUCACCCUCCGACAUCAGUGCAUUCAACCACAAUAAUCACCUCGGUAGCACACCCACCCAUGGCCGAGACCAAACCGGUCAUGUCAUCUCAUGAUGGCACGUUAGAUUUAACCAAGAGAGCAAGUGGAGAUCUUGAGCCACCUGCGCUCUUCCAAGGACUCUCCUCCUUAAAUGACCUUGAAAGGUCUCAGGUUUCUUCCAUGAGCUCUAAUUAUCUUCUCCAAAACCUGCUGAUGGGUAAAAUGCAACAAAUUGUGUCUGGAAAGGCCACCCAAGCCGAUGCAAGUAAGCUUUUGUCAUCUCUCGUGCCAUCGACCAGUCCCUCUUCCCAACCAGGAUGCAAGCUAUCCUUCCCAACCAAACCUUUACCUGCGAAGGCCCUGUCCCUGAAUUCCCCUAUAAAUGAAGCCAAACCCCCGGCUUCAGUGUUGAAAUCUCCGCUUUCCAUUUUUUCCACAACCAAUUGCAAUAGUCAUUCGGCAGCGGCGGCCGCCGCGGCCUUCAAUGGCACGGGAUCGCCUCUCACUUUACCAGUUCUACCCACUUCACCUCAUCCCAAUGUUCCAAGACCGGGCAAUCAGGCGUCCCAAGGGUCGGAGAACAAGUCUGCUAACAACAUUCCGUUGCUUUGUGGACAAAUCGUGGCUCAGCUCAAUGGGCUUUUGUUUCUGGUUCAUAGCCUGAAUAGCCCGCAGAUUGAGCUGAACCUCGAGAGUCAAUUGACCGCCAUUUACUCGCAUUUGCAAGAACUCGUUGGAACUGUCGAGCAAGUCAAGCAAAGACAAACCGAGGAACCACAGGACAGCAAAAGCAUCAUUAAGAACGAGGAGGAGACCUUGCCUGACCAACAAAUGCCAUAUUCACAUACCCGUAAAUCGUCACCACAAAGGCACCUAAACGGCGUGGGAAAAGAGGACAAAAAUCUUGCUUUUAGCAACAAUGCCCGCAGCUCAUCAAAUGUCAUCAACGUUCCAUUUCCUGAUGUAAAUCCCACAAAACUCUCCGAAGAGUCCGAGCAUCAAGUAGAAUCCUCCACCAACCCUUCUCCCAAUGGUAAACGACGAAGGGGCAGACCUCCCAAGCAUUCGAACCUGGACGGUGCCGGAUCUGGGAGUGGUCUAAACAAACGAUCUCGAGGUUCUCAGGAUGGCACAGGGGAGAGAGAGCCCAAAAUGCAACAUUCAAGCCCAUCCUCUGAGGCACAAUCCUCUUCGUGUGGUUUCUCCAAAGUCUCUGGCAAUGGUUCCAUCGGCGGGAAAGGGAUUCGAAAUCGAGUGUUUUGCGGAGAGUGUCCUGGUUGUUUGAAGAACGAUGACUGUGGGCGAUGCCGAUAUUGCAAAGACAAGACCAAAUUUGGCGGCCAAAACCGAUUACGUCAAAAGUGUCUCCAUCGGCGAUGUCAAAUGGAUACUCAUCGUCGGCGUGCCAGUCAAGGCACCGUCAACAUUGGUGUCGGUAAAAAGGCCCCUGUUUCGGCCAUGUCUGAGCAACAUUCGAGAUCGUUUAGCAAACGAACUCCCAGGCGAUCCCCUAGUCCCAAUGCCAUCUACAGUGGAGUCGAUUUGGCCAGACUCGCCGCUACUGCGGCUGCUGAGUUAGCCUCACAGAACCAGAUUCUAUCGCAGCAAGAAGCUAAUGGCCAAGGAAACGGGAUUUCCACAAAUUCAGAUGAAAACACAAACUCUGUCGAGCAGAGCACCCAAGAGAGAGAUUCUCCGGACCACCCUCCCCAUAACGUUUCUGUCAAAGCCACCACCAAUGCAAAUGGAGGCGGUGGGCUAAGUGAUGAAGAGGGAGAGGACUCAAGAUUGGGAGGUCGUUCUCAGUCCAGGAUUGACAAGUGGAAGGCAAAACACGAGGCCAUGCUCAGAUUAGCCGAGGACAAGGCCACAGCCAAUCCUGUCAACGAGAAUGAUGCUCCUGUGGAUGAGCACGUGGAGGAGGAUCAGACCGAGAAAUCAGACGACAAGCUUCCAACCAUUCCAGAUAUUGAAGCCAAUGGCGUAUGCAUCAACUUGGACGAGGAUCUUCUGCCAUCAAAACCACUGACUCGACACGGUGCUUCUGUUCAACAGGCGCUCAGCGUUUAAGCCCAUGGAGAGCCACAACUUGAGUGGGCUUCUUUAAAAAUCUCGUCUAACCCGAUUGUACAGGCCCGAACUCAUCCUCAUCAUAUCAUCAACAUUAUCAUCUUAGCUUGAAACUCGAAACUCGAUUAACUUCCUUCAUGACUACAAUCGUAGAGUAGUAGCAUUUUCCCCCGCUCCAUCUAUUUUUCUCAAUCAAUCACCCCACCCGAAGAUUUCCUGAUCAUUACAUAUGAACAACUAUAGGGACGAAAGCAAAGGCGAUGUAAAUUUGUUCGAAAGCGCAAUAUGGACCGUGGUCUAGUCUAGGAUGUUGGGACACACUCCUAAGAGCAAGCCUUUCUGCAAGCACCUUUCAACCUUUUUCACAAAUUAGUAACUCAUCUUCGAUCCUCAUCCCAUAUCAUGGUUCUGCAUUUUCUCGGCAAAGUACCCUUCGACUUUAUUCAUCUUGUUGUCUUUUUGAUCUGAGGAUUGAUCAGAAGCCCAAGCCCAAGAGAAGCCUAAACCCUCUCCCCCGGAUAACGUUGCAUAUCUUUCCACCACCAAUUGUCAAUCAACAAUCGUCGAUCAAUUUAGAAUUUGAUUCCAUUUAACCCUGUCUUCUUGACCCUUUAAAAGUGCCUCCACUACUUGAAGCAUGAAUCUCAACUGCAAUAUCCCCUCCAUCAACAAGAAUAACCUUACUUCCCUUUGGGAGUGAACUACGAACAUGAUAUACUCCACACAUAUCAUCAUCAUCAUCAUCAUUAGACAUAUAGGACAACAAACUUGUCACUCGUAUUCCAUAUAUACCAAGUUAUCCAUUUUUGAAGCUCAAUUGUUAAGGUCUCAAAUUAUUUGCUGACAACUUGUGUACAAAUUUUGACAUACCAUCCUCGCUAUUAAACAAUUUUCCCCAUUCAUCAAAAACAAUCGUUUCAAUUA